CUGACUUUUAUCUAUGUAUAAUACUGAAAAAUGGGUUUGGUGAACAUAUUAAUAAUUUUGGCUAUUAGUUGGCUAGUUGCGGUACAAGCUGGCGUAAGGGAGGACCACUUAAAGGAGCACAAUCGGUUAAGAAGUAGGCACGGCUGUCCGCCUCUUCAAUUAGAUGACAAACUCUCAGACGAUUGCGAAGCUUAUGCAAAAGUAUUAGCCACAAGCCAAAAGUUGGAACAUUCAGAUGCCGCCGGGAAAUAUGGUGAGAACUUGUGUAUGCGAUCGGAAGAACCUUUGCAAUGCGACCAGAUGUGGUACGAUGAAAUCGAGUUUUACGACUUUAAAAACCCAGGGUUUAGCAUGGAGACUGGCCAUUUCACAGCUUUAGUUUGGAAGAAUUCAAAGACAAUGGGUUACGGUGAAGCCAAAGAUUCGCAAGGACGUUACUGGGUGGUAGUGAGAUACUAUCCGGCGGGCAAUGUUAAUGGGCAGUUCGACAAAAAUGUUCCCCCAAGAGAGGGUGACAAGGCAGGAGUCUCUUGUACUCAAGUGCAAGUCAAUACCAUUCUUAUUUUGAUUUCCCUGUACCUGUACCUCUAGUUAUGGUCAAUAUCGUUAUGCAUUCCUUGGGCCUGCAUUAGUAACAAAAUUUAAGUUCACCAAUUAAAAAAUAAUUUUAUAUUUAAA